CGUAUGCAUUACGGACAGUCCCAUUCUCAUCCUUAUCUCUAUUCUUUGACGGGGUGAUAACACAAAUGUAACAAGCAGACACCUAUACCGAUUACAGAUUACAGUUUGAGUGUUUGUAAGUGUUAUGUCUGUAAAUUAGAUCAAAAUUGUACCUCUUGAUCGUUUGCACUAGUAAUAUGUAGUUAGCCGAAGACUCCGAAGAUGCACUCAAGCAAAUGCGCCUGGCUGGUAUCGAUCCUAAAGGUUGAAGCAAAAAUGUCUUGCGGCUGUUAUUGUAUCGCAAGGUGCGGAGGUUUUACGAGACAGCCUUCGUAAUCAGGUUUACAAAAAGAACGGUACAGUACACCACCACCGGGCGGUGUUUCUGAAAUAAACCGAAGGGUAGGGUUACUACUCGUCGGGUAGGAUACUAGGAUUUUGGAUUUAUUUGUACGCCAAGAUUAAAGGAAUCAAGAAUUCAAGAUUCAAGAGUCCCAAGAAGAUAGGUUAUAAAUUUAGGAUAGAGAUUUCAGUUUUCUGGAUUGUGAAAUUUGCCUUUUUGUACGAAAAUAUAUCCGACAUUAAGCGGCAGAUGUGCUUCCUAGAUCGCUGAUAGCAAAGCAGAAAUUUACAAAUUGGGACUUGAACAUUCGGGCCAGUUCGGGGUUCGAACAUUUAUUUUCGUUAUGGAUUCUGAAUCAGAGAUUGCAUCCGAGGAAUACGCCGACGACAGCGAAGAUUUCAGCGAGAACGAUGCUUUGGAUGGUGAAGUCACGAGUGAAGAUGAGGAAGGUGAUGCGCACGAAUCUGUGAAACAUUUUGCGCAUCCCCUGAGUGAGUCCAGAGGAGAAGCCGCUAAAGGAAAAGCUGUGCAAAGCCAAUUGAAUUUAUGGGACGGUCUGCUGGAGACGCGUAUAAAACUGCAGAAACCUCUUGCAGUUUGUAACACGUUGCCGCAGGCAGGCAGAUUUAAAACAUUCGUGGAUGCAGCUGAUGACACCACGAAGAAACAUAUAAAAACAGCUCAAGCUGAAUUGGGACAGCUGUUAAGAGGCCUGGUCGAAGUGCAGCAGAAUUUGCUGGAAAGAAAUGCCAUCCUCACUGGACCUGAUGCUGAAGAGCAGGAUGGGAACGAGUUGGAUCACGAGUUUUCGUCAGCGCUUGUACAUCCGGUUAAUUCACUGGAUGUCAUUGAUAAAGGUCUGACGGCGCGAAAUGCGGCUUUAAGAAAUUUCAGAAAUUCGACGUUAGAGAGCUGGCAUGGCAAAACACAACAGUUUUCAGUGGGCAUGAAGCGAGGAUUUUCUGCUUUUGAACAGUCACCGGUUAAGCAUAUCGAGCAGAUAAUGGGUGAUGUUGACCGUUUGGUUCACCGGACUAAAAUACGAAGAACAGCGUACGAAGUCUUAGUAUCCAGCGUGGUGGAAAAUUCGUCUGCCACAAAUGAUAAUAAAAAAAUUUCGAGAGCACCCCAGUCCAUAGAUCAGGAAAUAUUUGAUGAUGAUGAUUUCUAUCACACAUUAUUACGAGAAUUAAUAGAAAGAAAGACCACUGGAGCAAGUGACGACCCUUUGGAGGUAUCAAGGCGACAAGUGCAGUUGGCGCAAUUAAGAAAGCGGACUAAAAAACUUGUGGAUUCCAAAGCCACUCGUGACCGAAAGUUGAAAAUGGAUCCUCACCCUAAGCUGAUCAACUUUAUGGCGCCGCAACCAGUUUGUGGCAUUACGGAGCAAGCACGAAAUGAUUUGUUCAAAUCUGUAUUUGGAAAGCUGUUGUCCAAUCCUCCCGUCUCACAGUCAGUGAACAAUGGCAAAACUGGUGAUAAUGCAAGAGAUAUUAUACUGUUGCGAUCGUAAAAUCUUCAUUGUUCAGCAGUGGUCUGCUUCUUGCUCUUUGGCGAAAUUGGAAUGGUUUACUGUUAGAAACUUAGAGACCAUUUAUUUCCGCAUUUGUUUUCCGAAAAACGAAAUCAGAUAAACUGGGCGCGAAUAUUUUGGAGGCGAC